AACAACAAACACUACACGGAUGAAUGUGACACCCGUUCAUUACACAGACUGAAGAUGGGAGAAACAGGUCUUAGAAAUUAUGAGUUAUCCCAACUGCAAGCAGAAGUCCAGCAAGAGAAAGAGAUCAAGGAGAUGUUACAGGACUCUGUGUCUGACCUGAGGAGCACACUGGCUGAUUUGGAGAAGAGACUUCACAGUGUAGAUGGAGAAGAGAACGAGUGGAGAACCAGAUAUGAGACACAGCUGGAACUGAACGAGCAGCUGCAGAAACAAAUCAGUGUCGUUCGAGAGAGACUCGAAACGCUCCGCGGUGAUCCCGCAGAUCGACUGGCUUCUAUUCGCUCAUAUGAUGAAAUGUCAGAGGAUGCUCUCAGACAGAGGCUGAAAUUGCUGUCUGCUGAGAAGAGUGGCCUUCAAUCCCAACUGAUGGAUUUCCAAAUGAGAAUUGUGCAGGAAAGAAAGACUUACCAGAAAGUCCACGAAGAGAGGCGGGCCUAUGUUGCAGAGAUUGCAAAGCUGUCCUCAACGCUGGAUAUGAGCAGAAAGCAGCAGAUGGUUCAAGCCCGAAGGACAGCACUGGGGCCAGAUAAAACAGGCCAGGAGAAUAUAAAGCAACAUUCAUAUAUGAUGAAGCAGUCUGUCAAAAAAGCACCAGCAAGGAGUCGACUCCCUCGAUUAAAACGUUAAUGCAGUUCAGGGAUCUUCAACGAGGGUCCACCAAUUAUUGUCUCAAUUUUUUUACUGUUUUCUUUUUAAUUAAACAGUAAAAAACUACAUUUUGAGUACAUAGACCUAGCUUGAUAUAGGUCACUUUAAAUUUAAUUUCAAGGUAAUUUCUUUAAUUAAAUAUAUUGUUAUAUCAGAUGUUAAUUCUGUUAUUAAUUCAUCCUAGAUAAUCAGCAGCCAUUGAAACAAUGUUAAAGUCAAUACUGAUGCAUCAACGCUAACUGCACUUUAUUAAUGUUACACUGCAAAAGCAGUCUUAUCUAACUUAUUAUUUUUGUCUUGUUAUGAGUCAAAAUAUCUAAAGUUUCUUAAAUUCUUUCUUAAAAGAAAAAUGACAUAAGAUAUUUAGUCUUGUUUCCAGGAGAAAAAAAAAAUAAAUUAAGUGCAGUUCGCUUAAAAUAAGUAAAAUUAUCUGCCACUAAAAUACUCUUGUUUUAAGAAUAUUUUACUUACCUCACUGGCAGAUAAUUUUACUUGUUUUGAGUGAAAUCAACACUAAUUAUCUUAUGUCAUUUUGCUUAUUUAGUAAAUGCAUCUUAAUUUAUUAUUUAUCUUAAAAGAAUUUUUUAGAUAUUUUGGCUAGAAACAAGAUAAAGAUAUUAAAGGAGAGCUCCAC